AUGUUCAACUUAGACCGUUUUCGCUUUGACAAGAAGGCAGCGACGACAACAAACAAAGAGCAGGACAGCGGCUCCAAGAGUCCCGAGUCUGAGAAGGAGAACAAGCCAGCUAAGAUGAAACCCAUCAAAGCCCCACCAAAGUCCCAUGCCCGCGGAGUGGUUUUUGAGGAAGUCAUUACAUUUGACUUGGAGGAGGAUGAGCUCCUCUCUGAAACAAAGACCAAAGUACCAUUAAGCAGGAAGUCCAAGAGUUCCAAAGGGAAAUCAUCCAAAAAUGUGGCAUCGGAUCACACAGAUGACGAGGACAAUGACUUGGAGGACAAAAUGAACAUAAUUCUGGAGAUGUUUCCUCAGUUGACGAGGACUGAGCUACUGGACGUCAUUGGGAACACAGGCACAUUGGAUGGGGCUAUAGCUGCAUGCCUUUUAAAGUUCGGUGAUAAAGAAGCUCCAGACCAAGACAGGAAGAGAAAGCAGGAUGGAUCCAGCAGUUCUCAGGACAGCGGUGAGACUCAACCCAGCAAGAAGAGUCGGCCAUCAGAGGUUUCUGAUGAAGAAAAUAAUGACGGCAGUGAGCCAAGCUGGGAGAAGCAGGAAGCCAUGGUCCGAAGACUGCAGAAAAAGUUUCCUGACCAGGACAAAGAGGAGCUGCGGAUGGUGCUGCAGGAACACGACUGGAAUGCUGAGGAUGCUCUGCAGGCUCUACAAAUGUUCUCAGACCCAGAUAGUACCAGUUUCAGCUCACCUGACACAGAAGAAAAGAAAUCGAGUAAAUCAAAGAGCAAAGACAAGUCAAGCAAGGAGCACAGGAAGUUGAAGUGCCACAAAGAUCACAGAGACAGUAAAAGCAGGAGAGAUCGAAGGGACUCCGAAGACCACAUAAGUAUUAGUGAAACAGAGGAGGACAGUAAAGGUGACACAGACGCUACAAAGGACAGUGAAGAUUCAGACUCGGACCAUGGUGAAGGUGCCAAAAACAGAAGUAGCACUUCCACUCUGUCUACAUGGCUAAAAAAGAGUUCUGACUCAGUAUCCUCAUCCUCCUCUGUCAAGAAAACAACUACCUCUUACUCCCUGAAGCCAUCAUCCUCUUCCUCUACUGCUCAGAUGCUGUCCAGAUUUGCCAGUGGGACCAGUAUAGCUAAGAAGCAGGCAGCAGAGAGAAAGAGGAAGGCACGUGCCUCAAACGAACAUGUCAGUUCUGGGGAGGAAAAUGACGAUGAAGAGGAACCAGUUAGCAGCGAGUUUGAUGAUUCCGACGAUGAGCUGGAUACUAACGGUGGCAUGACAGAUCUGAAGAAAGAGAUACUCCAAUUCUUCCAGGAUGCGUCAAUUGAUGAGCUGUCGUUAAUCGCUGGGUGCUCUUUUAAAAAGGCCCAGAAGAUUGUGGAAUUGAGGCCCUUUAAAAGCUGGCAAUGCCUGUCUGAGUCCUUAAUUAAGGACUAUGGACUGUCAGAGAACUUGCUGUUGGGCUGCCGAGUUGUCCUCAAAGAGCGGAAGGUUGUCCUGGGGCUGAUGUCCAAAUGUGAUACCAUUUCCUCAAAAAUGUUCAAACGGGUCACUGAGGUGAUGGAGAGGGGCGCAGGGUCCAUGGAACAGCCCAGCCUACUCAACAGCCAGAACCAGCUGAAACCCUAUCAGCUGAUUGGUCUGAAGUGGCUGCUGCUUCUGCAUGAGCACAAACUGAGUGGUAUCCUCGCUGAUGAAAUGGGUUUGGGGAAAACUAUCCAGGCUAUAGCGUUUCUGGCCCAGCUAUACCAGAAAGGAAUAGAGGGUCCUCACCUCAUCACUGUGCCGGCCUCCACAUUGGAUAACUGGGUCAGAGAGCUGAAGCUGUGGUGUCCAACCCUCAAAGUUCUAGUCUAUUGUGGAUCUGUGGAGGACCGCCGCUAUCUCAGACAUGACCUCCUCAAUAAUGAUGCUGACUGCAACGUCAUUGUGACCACGUAUAACAUGGCCAUAGGAAACGAUAGCGAUCGCAGCCUUUUCCGUAAGCUGCCACUGAAGUAUGCUGUGUUUGAUGAAGGUCACAUGCUGAAGAACAUGAACUCUCUGCGCUACCGCCACCUCAUGGCUAUUAACGCAGAACAUCGCUUGCUGCUGACAGGAACUCCUUUACAGAACAACCUCUUAGAGCUGAUGUCUCUCCUGAACUUCAUCAUGCCUUCUAUGUUCUCCAGCUCCACUUCACAGAUCUCCAAAAUGUUUUCUAUGAAUUCCCAUGAGGAGCAGAGCCGCUUUGAGAGGGAUCGUAUUUCUCAGGCCAAACUCAUCAUGAAACCUUUUAUCCUCCGAAGAGUCAAGAGCGAGGUCCUCAAGCAGCUGCCAGCCAAAGUAGAGAAGGUGGAGUCCUGCUCAAUGAGUGAGAAACAGCAGGUCCUCUACCAGAGUCUCUUUAAAAAACUCAAGGCUACCACCAAUGGCGAGAAACGUGAGUUGUGUAAUGUGAUGAUGCAGUUGAGGAAGAUGGCCAACCACCCUCUGCUUCACAGACAGUACUUCACCACAGAAAAGCUCAAAGCCAUGAGCAAACUCAUGCUCAAGGAGCCAACUCACUUCGAUGCAGACGCUGCUCUGAUCCAGGAGGACAUGGAAGUGAUGUCAGACUUUGAGCUGCAUCGUCUGUGCCAGCAGUACACCUCCAUCAGCUCCUACCAGCUUGAAAACAAUCUCCUGCUCGACUCUGGGAAGUUCCACUACCUCACAGAGCUGCUGGCCUCAAUUAAAAACAAGGGAGACCGAGUGGUACUAUUCAGUCAGUUCACCAUGAUGCUGGACAUUGUGGAGGUGCUGCUGAAACAUCGAAAACAUCGUUAUGUCAGACUGGAUGGAUCCACACCCAUAGCCAACAGGAUUGUGUUGAUUGAUGAGUACAACACGGAUCCUGACAUAUUUGUGUUCAUGUUGUCAACACGUGCUGGUGGCCUGGGCAUCAACCUCACCUCAGCUAAUGUUGUCAUCCUUCAUGACAUCGACUGCAAUCCUUACAAUGACAAACAGGCAGAGGACAGAUGUCACCGUGUAGGCCAGACCAAGACUGUAGAGGUGAUUAAGCUGAUCAGUAAGGGCAGCAUAGAGGACUGCAUGCUGCAGCUGGGCCAGAAGAAACUAAGGCUGGAGCAGGACAUGACUGCUGCUGAAGGUGGUGAGGGGACCAUACCUGAAGAUAUGGCAUCUUUGCUCAAAGCCUCACUGGGACUGUGAUUCGGAAAACUCUUGAAACUUGUAUACAUUUUUGAUGGCAUUCCUGUGAUUCUGGGCAGACUUGAGUGUUCUGACUGAACACACACACUUUUUGUGUCUAUCCUGCAAAACUACUGAGAACCAUAUGCUGCCAUGAAAAAGAGUUCUGAUAUAAGAUCUGAUUUACUGUGUAGCAUGGUAGCUGUGCCUAAAACACUAUUUUUACAUGCUCCUACUUUGACUACGAGAUCAGUAUAUUAAGGCAAAACAAAAACGUUGCCUUUUAAAUGUUAUGCUCUCCACGUGUUACGCAAGGAUUCUCUGUAGAAAGAAAGUGGUGUUUCGAAGUUCAGACCAAGACGUCAGUAAUGCAGCAUGUGUUGGAGUACACCAUGGCACUUGUUUCAACAAAAGUUGAGUUCAGUUAAGUUUACAUAACCCAUGAAAUCUUAUAUUAUUCACAUUCAGAUAAAGGUAAGUAGAAAUAAUAAUGUUCUAGAACGCAAAUUGUGCAAAGCGACGGAGAAUGGUAGAUUUUUAUACUAUCCUUCCUACCUGACAGUGUUGCACCUUGCCAGCUCUUAAAAAAAAUAAAUAGUUUACAUCAAAACGUUUUUGCUGCCGUGAUCGACAGCAACAUUUUAACAGCAGCCAAUCUAACAACUACACAGAAAAUGUUGCUAUUCACUGAUUUCCUCUGAUACCAUAGCUGAUCAGACAUGUUUGACAGUGGUUGCAUCAGAAAGUCAGCCAAGUAUCUGAAAAAUUGUAUUGUCUGUAAUGUGUCAACAUUCAUCCUGAUGUCAUAUUUUAUGUCAAUUCUUUUGCAAAGACAGACUGAUUGACCUGUUUAGACAGAAGGAUACAUCGUUGUGUGGGUGUAGUCGAUAAUUUUCAUACACAAUUAUCCCAGAUUUUCUAGUGUGUAAAACUAGAAAAAAUUAAAACAAAACUAUGAAAUAGAAUGUCUUUAAUAAGAACAGUGCUUGAAUUGGUUUCUUUGCUGUUUCUACUACUUUAAAUAUCUCAAGCUAGGUGACACAGAGAAGAUGAUUUAAUGAAGCAGCUGCUGCAUUCAUACUGUAUAAGUGGCUAAAGUGUUGUAAGUGUACAAGUGUUAAGUGUAAAGGCUUUUACUAAGUCAUUUGUAUGUUUUUAAGGUUCCUGUUUUAACUGAAUAAUAAAAAUUGGAAUAAA